ACUUUCGUUUCCGGCGAGGUGCGUAAUUUGCUCCGCGUUUUCGCAAUUUUAACCGACUAUCUCUCCGACUGAGCACUCGGCCGGCCAUGUGCCAAUAAGUUGAUAAGCAAUCGUUGCCACCGAAAGCCAAAGUAAUCCCCAAAUCUGGUUCACUUGUAAUCCGUAGACAUUUUACAUCAUGGACAAUUCUGCCAAGAACCGCUAUGAGCUGUUGUUCAUGGACGACGAUGACUCCUCCGCGCCUGCCCAGCCACAGAUUCCCGCCGUAGUGGCGCCGGCCAAGAAACCGGAGUCGCAAGCCCCCAAGGCGCCCAAGAGCAAGUCGGAGAAGGAGAACAAGCCGGUGGUGUCGGUGCGUAAGGCCAACCCGGCGGCGAAGAACGCCAGUCCCGUGAAGGGUGGUGGCAAACCGGUGCCGUCUGGCGGGGAUUCGGGUCGCACCCGGAACCCGGCGACCAACGGAGCCAACAACCAGGGCCGAUUCAACAACAACAACAACCAGCGCUACGGAAACAAGGAGUCGUCCGGGGAGUUCGGUAACGAGCUGCCCCAGCGUCAGUUCAACAAUCGUGAUAACAGGGGACCACCACGCGCCCGUGCCGGCGAGAAGUUCGGAAAGCGCGAGUUCGAUCGCCAGUCGGGAUCCGAUAAAACCGGCGUCAAGUCGAUUGACAAGCGCGAAGGCGGCGGUGCCCACAACUGGGGGUCCCCGAAGCAGGACAUCGAGGACCUGAAGACCACCGGCGAGUCGUCUCCGCAGGCGGACAAAGAGGACUCUGCCAACGAGCAGUCGGCUGAUCCCGCGAUCGCCGCCGAGGAGGAUGAGUCCAAGCAGAUGACCCUCGACGAGUGGAAGGCCCUGCGGGAUCAGCGUGCCAAGCCCAACUACAACUUGCGCAAGGCUGGCGAGGGUGCUGUGGACAACGCGGAGUGGAAGAAGAUGGUGGUGUUGAACAAGAAGAAGGAGAGCAACAGUGAGGAUGAGCUGGAGUACGAUCCCUCGCUGUACCCGCAGAGAGUGGGUCGUCUUCAGCGCAUCGUUGAUAUCCAGUUCAAUUUUAAUGAUGGACGCAAGGGCGGCUUCCGCAAGGGACCCCGUCCUGGAGCCGGUCCCCGUGAGGGUGGCUUCCGCAAUGACGGACCCCGUGGAGAGGGUGGCUACCGCAACGAUGGACCUCGCGGAGAGGGAGCCCGCAAUGAGGGACCUCGUGGAGAAGGUGGCUACCGCAAUGACGGACCCCGUGGAGAGGGUGGCUACCGCAACGAGGGACCUCGUGCAGAGGGUGGCUACCGCAACGACGGUCCUCGCGGAGAGGGCUUCCGUGGACCUCGCUUUAACAACGGACCAAGCAACGGUUAUGAAAACAGACAGGAAAACAACAGAUUCGGGGAGAAACGCCGCUCCGCUCAGAAGCCCCUGAAGGUCGACGAUGAAGCUCAAUUCCCCACUCUGUGCUAGGAACUGAAUACAACAACAACAAUAAGGUUUAACAAUUUCACGUAUUACAUAAUUAGUAAGCUGCUCCUUUGGUUAACGAAUAACCAUUAGAUUUUCGGGCGUAAUCUAUGAAGCUUGACGACCGAUUAACAGAAACAAAUCAGCCACGCUUAUUCAUAUUCCUUAGUUGUAAACAAAAAUUUUUGAAUUUUUUCACUCUCAUCAUUUACGCAUUUAAAAUAACUAUUACAAAUAGUUGGAAUGUUGAAAUAAAUUUACUUCAUUUAUAAACCAAGGAAUAA